ACACAAGGGCAAGAUAAUGAUUUUGAAUACGAGUUUUUAAAUGACAGUAAGUAAGUACCCGUAACAUAACAUAAGUAUCUGUACAGCACUUCAGUACUUACCGUAUUCGGGCGCUUGUCAGGAAUUCAUUUCAUUGGAUCAUAAACUGUGGUAGGUUUUCAUCGAUUUUCCGCCGAUUUGAAAACGAUACCUGCGAUGGUAAACACACUUGGUUUGACUUUAUUUGAUUGGCGAGAAGCGGUCAUCCUGGUAAAGAACUGAAAGUGAUUGCAUUAGCUUGAUUUACCGGUAGAAUGGGAUCUGACGUUCGUUUACCAUAUCCUCAUGCGGUUGACAGUGAUUAAUUCCGACGUUCGACGAUGCGAUUUUGGACUGGGAAUGCCAGCGUUCGGGAAUGGCAGGCUGAUGAUACCGUGUUCAUUAUGAUUUGAACCUUUUAAAAAACGAUGGAUUUAUAUAAAAUCACACUAAAGAGUAGUGCGGUAAAAUGCGGAGUAGUUUAUUUCGGUUUAACUGCCGAUUAAGCAAAUUGAUGACCUAAGCGUACGGUAUAUAUUACGGACUUCCACUGGGAAUGCAUUGUUAUCCUUGGUUUGGCUUCAGUUUAUCGGUUAACGUUAUUUACGUGUGUUUUCUGUCACUGCUUUUGGGUCGGCAUUUUGCUUUGGAUACAAAUUCAAACAUCACAACUUUAACGAUCUGUGUCAUACUGGAGCGAGGCUCACGAGAGAUCCUGACUAACUAUGACAAAGUAGGAGCGGGAAUAGACAUGGGAUUAGAUUAUGUUCAUGACGACAUAUUGCCGCCGGAAAUUCGAUUAAGAAAGGUUUAUCGGGACGCCGGUGAUAGCUGCAGUGUGAGUCAAAUGCAAAAAGCGGCAUUGGAAGCGAUGUCACUGAUGAGAGAAGGUAUCCAGUGUGACCUUUAUCUAGGACCAGGCUGUGUGGAGGCAGUCAUAGAUAUUUGCAAUAUUGCUGCUUUCACCGGGACUCCCGUGAUAUCCUUUCCCACUGGCGGUAUCACGAGUGCCACCAACCCUCGGCACACAUUUCCCAUGUUAAUUCGAAUGAGUUUCCGGCUGCAAGCCAUUUCUGAUACCAUUAUUAUCAUCCUGAAAACUCUGUCCAUGGUUCAUACGCACGUGCUGGUAGAUAUGUCCGUAGGUUUUCACGUUUCUUUAUCGAUGAUUCUGUACGAACGCUUACGCGCGGCGGGAAAUACCGAUUAUCUUCGAUACAAUAAAUAUGAAUAUCUGGAAGUCAACGUUACGGACAGGGAAAUUCGACGGCAUCUGCGCUCACUGAGUUUAUCUAGUCGAGCUGUCAUUUUACUUUGUGGAGGUGUAUUGACGCGUCGGAUCAUGUUUCUUGCCUCGCAGCUAGGAAUGACCAGCGGUGACUAUUUAUAUAUCGCGACUGAGCUAUUCGAAAGCUAUUACUGGGGCAUCUUUACAUGGCGAGGUGACGAGGAAAAAGAAGAUCAGAUCCUUCGAGCUUAUGACAGCUUACUCCUUAUCGCCAUGGAUGAAAUGGCGAAUAACUAUUAUAAAAUCUUUAAAGAUGUUUUUCUGGAAAGAGCGGAAAGUGAUUAUGGUUACAAUUUCCAAACGGAAGGGCCAUUUCAGAUAGAUCCGGCGGAUGCGACAGUGGCCGCAAUGUUCGAUUCCAUUGUCUUAUACGCGUCAGCAGUUCGAGCGGUGUCCGAAGCCGGGGAAAAUAUAAAAAACUACUCGGCCAUUCUGGACGCUAUGAAAGGAAAAACUUAUGAAAGCCCUAUCACAUCUAAAAUUUCAAUGGAUGCAAGUGGCGACCGUGUCAGACGAUUUUACGUUCAAGACAUACUACCACAAGGCCAGUACGAUAAUGUGCUUGAAAUUAACGGCACGUCGCUGGAGGUGACCGUUAAUGGCGGGUUUCACUGGCCAGGAAGCGGUCAGCCGCCGGUAGAUGUCCCAUUCUGUGGCUUCGAUGGGAACGAUCCCAAAUGCUCAAAAGCGUUCAGAAAUGCAGUGAUCAUCGGAUCGGUUCUAGCUGUGUUUUCUGUGUUUUGUGGCAUAUCUACCGGGAGAUGGUAUUACAAACGGCACGCAAAGAAAAACCCGUUCUGGUGGCGAAUUUCACCGGACGAACUGGACGUGGUACCGGCUCAUCGACCUACCACGGUGUCGACAGCGGAAGUUCCACAAUUAAAGAACAGCAACGAGAGUUUGGAUAGUAUAAACGAGAAGCCCCAGUUUCAGCCGGUUUCGCUAGUAGCCGAUUACCGAGGCGUUCGAGUUCGACUGGUGCAGUGUCCAGAGAAAAUGUAUCGUCCGUCACAUGCGGUGGUUCGGGACUUGAACAUAAUAAAAAGUCUGCAUCACAACAACCUGUUGAAGUUUAUCGGGAUUUCCCUGGACGAACAGGGAUAUUGUCAGUAUUGCCUGGAAGAGCAAUCAGAAAAGGGAUCCUUAUUUGAUCUUAUUGCGCACGAAACUCACAUCAUAGACGAAGUGUUCAAACUGUCUUUCAUUCGCGAUAUCGUACAGGGUAUGCAAUAUCUGCAUUCCACAGUGGUCACUUCCCAUGGAUUUUUGCGUUCUAGCAUCUGCCAUGUUAAUAGUAAAUUCAUGGUGCGACUUAGCGAUUACGGAUUAUCCCAGUUGCGGCCCCAUGCAGAUUUGUUGCCACCGAAAAUGUCAGAAGACACCCAAAGAGAUUAUUACACGCUCCUGUAUAGAGCACCAGAACUUCUGCGUGUAAUAAUGUCUCGCAAAGGCACACAGAAAGGUGGGCAUUUUGAACGACGUGGCUCGGUGACGAUAGACUGA